AUGUCCGCAUCGAAUGCAAAGGACCCCUUGCGCCCUCGGAGGAAAAAGGCAAAACGGGCUUGCUUUGCCUGUCAGCGGGCCCACCUAACAUGUGGUGACGAAAGGCCGUGUCAACGCUGCAUCAAGCGUGGAAUCCAAAAUUCUUGUCACGAUGGCGUUCGCAAAAAGGCAAAGUAUCUGCAUGACGCUCCAAAUGAAGCCUUGAUGCCACAUCUCCAAGGCCAAUUAUACACUCAAACAAACGCAGUGCGGAAUAAUAUGUCCCUCACCAGCAACGGUUCCAAUUCAAAAACCAACUUUUACCCCCGGCAAAAUAGCAAUUUCAACGGUUAUUAUGCAACCAAGAAUGAUGGGUCCUUGAGCCAGUCGCAGCUUCACGACGCUGGCCGGCCGGAUACCUUUCCUUCUCAAUCCCCCGUUUCGCCGACUUUUAGUAUCACAGCGAAUUCAGCAACCUCAGGAAAUCAAAAUAUGCCCUCUUCUCUCCCCGCUUCCAAUGGCAACGCCUCCGGGCAAGCGCAAAAUGGAUUUGGCUCUGCGUUCUUUGAUCCCUGCGAUCCUGCCCUGUUCAACUUUGAUCUUGCGAGUAUGAACUUUGGAAAUCACUACGGCGCCCUGGAAUUUGGUAUGCUUGGGCACAUGGCUACCGGUGCUGGAGAUACCCCACCCAGCGACAGUGCUACCCAACAUGGCUCCGUUGGCCGAAAUGGGUCCGGUACAUUUGCACCCGGCUCGAACUUUGGAGAAAGUCCCACGGCGCAGCCAUCGUUUUUAUUCGGUGACCCUACGAUUGCUGGCGAUUGGUCAUCUUCCGUCCAUACGCGGAACAUAUACAACCAGAAUAUGAACCACAUGUCAGAAACGCCGCAUGCCUUUGCGAUUGAGAGCGGACCGGCAAACUUUGCAAGCCCAAACUCGAUCGAAAGCCCGUUGCUGACGAAUAGUGCAACAUUUGAUGACAAUACAACUUCCGCAUAUCAGAAUCGGUCGAGCAUGAACCCGAUGCCGCCGCAGAGACAGCCGGUAGUUUCCACGCCGCAACUAAAGCAUCUGCAGCUCAGCAAGCGUCGACAGCGCAAUCCUUCCGCCAUCUAUGAGAGUGUCAAGGAGCCUUAUUCUUAUACGACAGGCUUCCAUUCUCUAACAGCUUUUAUCCAACGGCGAUUUUCGACUCAAAAUACGCUACGAAUUGCAAAAGCCCUGGCGUCUAUUCGUCCGUCAUUCAUUGCCACAACGAAAACACUCAAUCGUGAUGAUUUAAUAUUCAUGGAGAAAUGUUUCCAGCGCACGCUAUGGGAAUACGAAGACUUUAUCAACGCCUGCGGCACGCCAACCAUUGUCUGUCGACGGACCGGCGAAAUUGCCGCUGUAGGCAAAGAAUUCAGCAUCCUUACUGGCUGGAGAAAAGAGGUUCUGCUGGGUAAGGAGCCCAAUUUGAAUAUCAACACCGGUGGGUCUUCGGGAUCAACGUCAGGAACUAGCUCCCGAGGGAGUUUCACACCACGGGCGGGUAUGGAGGUCAACCCCAGCGGAAGAACACAGCCAGUAUUUCUAGCAGAACUCCUAGAUGAUGAAAGCGUGGUGGAGUUUUACGAAGAUUUUGCGAAACUUGCGUUCGGCGACUCGCGAGGCAGCGUGAUGACAACAUGCAAACUGCUGAAAUACAAGACCAAAGCGGACACGGAUAUGCUUCCUGGGAACACCGGUGGUACAGGAGGUGGAGAUGGCCAAAGUGCUGCUUCUGGAAAUGGUCAUGUCAAAGUCGAAAAUGGAAUGGCCGCCAGCAAUGGACAAGCGCAGCCACUAUCCCAACCACAACGGAGGUGGAGCAGAGGCGGUAUAGCUGGCGAAGCCGGAAUGAACCAGCUAGGUUUCAAGGAUGGCAAGGUGGAGUGCAGUUAUUGUUGGACCGUGAAGAGAGACGUUUUCGAUAUACCCAUGUUGAUUGUUAUGAAUUUCCUGCCAUGCAUAUAA